AUGGAAGAUCAAUAUGAACUAGAAAUCGAUAAGCAGCUUAGGAAUCUCCCAGAUUUAGAUGAUAAAUUUACAUAGAGACUGAAGCGUAAAUUAAAAUUUAAGAAGAAUGAGAAAGUACUGUCGAGUCCUAGGUCUCAAGAAUAUCUGAGUUUCGAUGAGUCAGUAAGUAUUCAAAGUUAAGAUAUUUAGGAAGAUAUUGAGAGAAAUUCUAUGGAUGAAUGGAAUCAGCAGCAGAUCAGCAAAAAUGAUAUUAAACAGAAUUAACCAUAGAAAGAGGAAAUGGAAAAAAUGGAUAUAGAUGAUGUACUAGAAAUCAUACUAAAAAAGAUUGCUCCAUAAAUGAUAAGCUAACUAAUAAUGAACAAGCUUGUUAUUAAUGUUAACAGCUUUAUCCCUAACAAUAAAUAAAUAAUGUCAAUUAAUCGAGGACUCUAUAAAAGUAAGCGGCAUAAACCAACUUCGAUGAAAAAUGAUAGAUUGACUUAAAACUUGAGAGUUGAUAUCGCAAUUGAAAAAUCAAAAUCAAGAAUGAAUAUAGCAAGUAGAACACAUUAAAAUAUAAGCACAAAUACCAUAAUAUCACCUGCUCUUAAGAGACGAAAUUAAGAUAGUAAUUCUAAAAAAGAUAAAUUUUCUCCACCUCCUCAAGAAGGAAUUUCCUCUAGGAAAAAUAGUACUAUAAAAUAGCAUGAGCUUGACGAAAGUUCUAAUAAACAACCAGGGAUUGCAAAUCCAUUUAUCAGAAAAUUCAAGACUCAAAGAGAAAAGUAAAAUCAAAAAUACAGGGAAAACGGGGAUAGUAGUAGUAAUUCACCACCGAGAGUUUAAGUGGUGAAGGGAAGCAAUAGUAUGAAUGAAGUUGAAAGCGAUGAUUUAGCAGACAGUGAAAGAGAGGAUAAUGAUUCAAUGACUAAUGAUACUAUGAUACUUAAGAAGAGUAAAAAAUAAAGAUAGUACAAUUUUCUACGCCAGCAUCAUAACUAUUAGAAAAUAAAGCAACAGCAUAAUGAUGGUGUGUCUAAUUCCAAUGCUGAAACUUCGAAUCAAUUUAAAUUUUCAGUUUCAUCUGUUGAUGACCAGAGAUUUUCUAAAUUUGGAAGAUCGACAAAUACCAAUCAUGACCAGAUGAGCUAAUCAAGAAUGAACUAUUAAGUCUCAAUGUAGAACAUGGGAUCAAGCUUAAAAGUCCCUGGAGUUAAUUAAAGACAAAUUCCUUUGAUGAAAUCUCAGUUUAACAAACAAAGAGACUCCAUUGAGGAAGGAAAUGAGGACUAAUUUUUCAUUACAGGCUAUAUUGAUUAAUCUGAUAUAAAGGUUGAAAAUACUAAUACUAAGGAGAUGAGCAAAACUAUGAAACUAAUAAGAACAAGUUUUGGUCAAACCACAAAAUAUCCAAAAUUUAUCAAAAUUCUGAAUAAAAGGGAGUCAUCAGUUAUAAGAAAGCAAAGAGAUAAUAUUUUCCGAGCAUCAUUAAGAGAUACAGACGUCUAGCUUAAACGAUAAUAUCUUAAGACUAGAGGAAAUUUCAUUAGACCGAGAAAAAAUUUAUCAGAGAUUAAACCUGAACUAAACACUUCUAAAUUUUCAAUUAACAACGGUCAAGAUGCAAACAAGAAUUUACUACAUAAAAUUAUGGAUUCAGAGAGACUUUAAAAGUCAUAUGAGUUUAAUCAUAGAAAAUACAAUCAAGAAAAGAUAAAAGACAUUCAUAAUAAAUGGAAUAACAUGAUGCAAUAUAAAGACCGAAAGAAAGAUAUCUUCAUGAAAAAGAGUGAAGUCUAAUGCAGCUUUGAAUAAGUCAGGAGCCCUGAAGAGUAAAGAAUUUCCAUUCAAUAAAAAAAUCUUGCCAGACUAUAAAAAUUAGAGGAGAUCAAAGAUAUGUUAAUAGUGUAAAGUAAUAGUUUAAACAAUACUGCUUCAUCUUAAUAUCAAGCAAAUCAAUUUUUAAUGACUAAAUCUAAUCAAUAUCAAGGAUAAUCUACUAAUUAUGCCUCGAUUAGAACUUCAAGAGAUUUUAAAAAGACAGCAAGAAUUGUAUAUAAAAUUGACAAUAGAAGUGUCAAAUUAGACAGAAUUUUAGCCUUAAAAGGCUUGUCCUAACAUAAAAACUAAUGA